UUUCGCUCUUUCUUUCUUCCACUGCUUCCCCUCACUUUCCAAACCAAAACUCAUCGACUUAUAUAACUAUGAUCAAAGCACAACAACAAUUCACAACAACCAGCAAAUUAAACAAACCAACUUUUCACACAAAGUUAGAUAUAUAGAUUAGAUAUAUACAUACACAUUCAUUUUUGUGCACUACAUAACUUGAUUAAAUUUUCUGCUAUGGGUAUAAGCUCACGUACUCUAGAGAUCACCGUUAUAUCUGGCGAAAACCUCCGCGUAACCGACGACGCCUACGUCGUCGUUCGGGGGGAGUCUCUUAACUGCUGCACCACGAGGACGGUGAAGGAUAGCGGUGAAGGUGACAAAAACAACCGCAAUUCGAGUUUGCUUUCGUGGAAUGAGAAGUUCUUGCUGGACAUGCCAGCGCAUGCGAGGUCCAUCACGUUUGAGGUGCAGUGCGGGAAGUUCAAAGGUGUUCGGCCGGUUGGGGUGGCAAGGAUAGCGGUUUCGGAUUUUCUGGGCUGCGAUGUGCCGGAUAGUUGCUUGAGGGUGUUGAGCUAUAGGCUGAGGGACUGGGAAGGGAAGCGGAAUGGGGUGCUUCAUUUUGCGGUGAGGGUGGUGGUGCCGGAGAGAUCGUGUUCGAUUUCUGCGGCGGAACAAAUGAAGGAAAUGGUGCCAAAGUGUGAAGGAUGUCGGUGAUCAAUUCACUGGAAUUCAUGAACUUCAGGGGUGUGUUAUGAUAUUUUCAAUGCUAGAAAAAUAUAGCAUUCAUUUUUUUCUUCUUCACCUUAUUGGAAUUUAUUAAAAAGUAUUUACUUUUUUUUAAGACAAAAUGUAUUCAAUUCUAAGCAUAAGGGUGCUUAAACCCAGAAGAUAAGAAUAAGAGUUACUUGUAAAA